GAAGAUAGCUUGGGGGUGGGCUAGGCUGCAGAGAGUGGGAAGAUGGCCACUGAGAGGGAGCAAGACCAUGAGCGUAUACGAGCUGUGUGCGCGCAGCUGCCGCUAAUCGAUGCACACGCGCACAAUGUCGUUGCCCUGGAUUCCUCUCUUCCCUUCCUGCAGUGCUUCUCGGAAGCCCGCGGCCACGAAGCGCUCUCGUCGGUGCCGCACAGCCUCUCCUUUCAGAGGAGCUUGCAAGACCUGGCAGAUCUUUACGGCUGCGAACCUUCUCUGGCAGCGAUUGAACAGUUCCGGAAAACUGAAGGAUUAGCUUCGAUCAGCGAGAAGUGCUUUGAUGCCGCUAACAUCGAAUUCGUUCUGCUGGACGAUGGGCUCACAAUGGACAAAAUGGUCAGCUUAGGAUGGCACCGCAAGUACAUCCCUGGUGUGCACCGUGUUCUCCGAAUCGAAACUGUUGCUGAGGCCAUUCUGAAUCAGGGCAUUCAGGGUAACGUGAGGUGGACCCUGGAGAGCUUCGAGCACCGGUUCAGCUCGACCUUGGAAUCACUUUCUUCGAAGGUGGUAGCCUUCAAGAGUAUUGCAGCUUACCGCAGCGGACUCCGCAUCAACCCUCUCGUGUCAGCUCAAGAAUCUGAAAACGGCCUGUUUGACAAUUUGCGUGCGGGGAGUCCUGUUCGAGUUUCGAACAAGGCCUUGAUUGAUUUCAUAUUCUUACGAGCUCUCGAGGUGGCCACUAGCCGAGACGUUCCACUUCAGAUUCACACAGGAUUCGGUGACAAAGACUUGCAGCUGGAGCUCGCUAACCCGUUGCAUUUGCGAGCCGUGCUGGAAUGCCCAAGCUUCGCCACCGCUCGUGUUGUGCUCCUCCAUGGUUCGUAUCCAUUCAUGCGAGAAGCGUCUUAUCUCGCCAGCGUGUACCCUCAGGUUCAUCUGGACUUUGGGCUUGUGGUUCCAAAGUUGAGCGUGCGUGGAAUGAGGUGUGCAGUGAGUGAUCUCAUGGAUCUGGCUCCUGUGAAUAAGAUUAUGUUCAGCACAGAUGGCUACGCAUUUCCAGAGACAUUCUUUCUUGGUGCGAAGUGGUCACGAGAUAUUCUGGCUCGGGUACUGAUCGAAGCCUAUGACAAUGGAGACAUGCCAAUCAAUGAGGCACUGGCGGCCGCAGAUGGAAUACUGGGACGAAAUGCGUUAGAAUUCUACAAGUUAGAAGGCAGAGGUGGAUUCUCCGCCUCUACUGAUAGUUUGAGCAAGCUGAACCAAACGGCAGGGUUUGGAGUUAUGGAGCGGACUCCUUCAUUCCAACCUCGGUUGCCACCCUCGCUCCGGACACUUCCCCAGGGUAAGUCUUUCAAAGAUGGCCAGAAUGCGCAGUCUCUCCCAGGCAGUCCAAGAGCACCGAAGGUGGAUGUGCUGGCCGACGACAAGGUGGUCGAUCCAGUUGUUGCGGAGAAAGAUGCACAUGAGGGAGUUGUGGUGAAGCAUGUGCGGUUGCUGUUCGCUGACGCAUCGGGACAAAGACGGUGCAGAGUUGUGCCUGUCAAGAGGUACGAAGGUGUAGUCAUGGACCAUGGACUUGGCAUUACCCAAGCUUGCAUGGCGAUGCCAUCUUUCACCGAUUCCCCAGUGCUGAACAGUGGUCUGACAGCCAUUGGCGAGAUUCGUCUGAUGCCCGACAUCUCUACGAGACGCAGGCUGCCUUGGUUUCCUGAGCAUGAGAUCGCGCUCGUGGAUAUGCACAGCUCUCCUGGAACACCGUGGGAAUAUUGCCCGCGUGCUACUCUCCGCAACGUAACACAAACGUUGGAGAGAGAAUUUGGCUUGACACUUCGAGCUGGAUUUGAGAGCGAAUUUUACCUCCUCAAACGCGUUGACGGAGAGAAGACAUGGCAGGGAGUGGAUGCCACACCCUACUGCUCAUCCGCAGGCUUUAAUUCGGCGUCUGCCAUUCUUUCCGAAAUUACCAGCACGUUGUCCAGUCUAGGCAUCCAGAUUGAGCAGAUGCACUGUGAGUCCGGUGGAGGCCAAUUCGAGUUAGCUGUUGGCCACUUUCCAUGUCUCGAAGCUGCUGACAAGCUUCUCUUACUCCGGGAGGCAGUCACUGCCAUCGCCCAUAAGCACCAACUUCGUGCUACUUUUCUGCCCAAAUACUUUAAGACUGGAGCGGGAGUUGGCUCUCAUGUGCACCUCAGCAUAUGGCAAGGCGACCAGAAUGUGUUGAUGGGCAAAGGCUCGGGUUCAAAGCACGGCAUGUCGAAGCAGGGACAGGAGUUUAUGGCUGGAGUGUUGCACCAUCUGCCAGCGAUCUUUGCAAUGACUUGUCCGAAUCCGAAUAGUUAUGCGCGCAUUCAGCCUGACACAUGGAGCGGUGCUUACAAAUGCUGGGGACGGGACAACCGGGAGGCGCCUCUGAGGACCGCUAGUCCCCCCGGAUGUGAUGCGGACAUGGUUAGCAAUUUCGAAUUGAAGAGCUUUGACGGAUGUGCCAACCCGCACCUGGGAUUGGCUACACUUAUUGCUGCUGGAAUGGACGGAUUAAGAAACCAUCUCCAGCUUCCAGAGCCUACUGAAGUAAACCCAUCUUUGAUGAAAGGAGAGAUUGAACGCCUGCCCAAUUCAUUGAUUGCAUCAGUGCAAGCUUUUGAAGGCGACUCUGUGCUUUGUGAAGCUCUCGGAAAGAACUUGGCGAAAACUAUCAUUGCAAUCCGCAAGGCGGAAGUGGAGUAUUACAAAGACAAGGAAGAUGCGGAGGAGUUUCUAGUUGAGCGUUUCUAAGCGUCGCAUCUUGAGGUUAACUUGGUCGGCCUUCUUUUGUGCAAAGCGUGCAACGACCGGGAGGAAGAUAAGCUGUUGUUGGAUGCAAAUGCCUGCUCGUGUUGGACAUCAGCCUCGAAGGUCCAGUGACAUCAAUUUCAGUCGAAUCGAGAUAGCAAUUACGAACUUGGUUGUGUUUGCAGGCACUCCAUUUUUUGCGCAAGACCUUAAAGCUCGACUACCGCUUGGAAUUCGGCGGUUGGCUCAUAUCCGCUGCUGGAUGCUUUAAGUCACGAGGAAGUGAGCUGGUUUAGUAUAUGACUAUGAACUCUUGCACAUACACCGCCUUGUAUUUACUCGGAGACAAACCAACGUGUGCUUGUGCAAGGCCUUCUCUAUCCUGUAGAACUUGUAGUGUGGCUAUCUUUUCCGGCACCAAGGUUCGGCUGGUGAGGGGAUUUGUUACAAGCAGCCUGCUAUCAUUAUAGAACCGAAUGAAUCGGGAUUCUGAUUGUUUUCUGGUAUCUUCCAGACUGGAUUCGAUGAGAAAUGUACGUAUUCUAUAUGAAUAGUGAAUCCCUUCAUCUUUCUAGAAAGAAAUUAAGCUUUCUCAACGCGUAUGAUGGGUGUCUUCAGAGAGCAUUCCAACAAAUCUUUUCUUUGUAAGCUGUUCCUAUGCCAAAUAAAGGUUCAAUUAUCAAAUGGCAA